CCAUCCCCAUCCUGCUGCCUCGCACCACCCCGGCAGCUCCGUCCGGCUUUCCCUCCGGGAUGCAAAGAGCGGCUGCGGGGCAGGGCCAGCCCCCUCCCCGAGCCCGGGGGGCAGCGGGCAGUCAGGUGACCGGCCCCCAGGUCACCUCCCCGGAGCGUGCUCGGACCUCCACGUUGUGUUUACACGGAGUGAGGUCCAAAAAGCCUUCCCAUACCAAAGCCGCCUUAUCGCCCGCUCCUCGGCCUCCCCCUGGGCCUAUAUAAGGGCAGCCAGCGGCCGGCUCUGGGCGGGAGGGACACGGGAGGCGACCAGAGCCAGCCGGACCAUGCUGCUGAAGGCUGCACUGCUCCUCUCCCUCCUGGCCACCUGCCCAGUGUCCCCGGCCAAGCCGGCGCAGAGCGGCUUCUGGGAGUACCUCAGCCAGCUGACGGGUGACAAGGACAGCCUGGAGCACGGCCAGAGCAAGCUGGGCAAGGACAUCAUGAACCUGAAGGAGAGCAUUCAGGAUGGGGUCAGCUACAUGGGCGACUUCCUGGAGAAGCUGUCACCCCUCAACAGGGGCCUCCAGCCGCGGCUCUACCAGGACUCGGACAGCCUGCGCAAGGUCAUCCGCAGGGAGCUGGACAGCCUCAGGGUGAAGCUGUCCCCGUACGUGGACGAGGUGCACCAGCAGGUCGGGAAGCACCUGGACGACCUGCGGCAGCAGCUGCAGCCGUUCACGGAGGAGCUCCUGGACCAGGUGUCCCUGCGGGCCCGGGAGCUCCGGCGGCACCUGAUGCCGAGCCGGGAGGUGACGGCGCAGCUCCUGGACGGCGCCGAGGAGCUCCAGCGCUUCAUGGCUCACUACACCGACAAGAUCGCCUUCCACACGGACCAGGUGAAGGACAUCUUCCACCCGUACACGGACCGGCUGCUGACCGAGAUCCACCGCAACGUGGAGGAGCUGCACCGCAGCGUGGCCCCGCACGCCCGCGCCAGCCCCGAGCAGCUCAACCAGCACAUCCAGGAGCUGUCGGCCAAGCUGACCCGCAACGCGCGGGACCUGCACCAGCAGAUCCAGAAGAACCUGGAGCAGCUGAAGGCGAAGCUGAGCCUGUACUCCGGCAGCCCCGGGGAGCCCGCGGCGCCCCCGGGCCGCUACAGGGAGGCGCUGGCGCGGGAGGUGCAGCGGCGCGUGGAGGAGUUCCGGCAGGACACGUACGCCCAGAUCCAGGCCUUCACCCGGGCGCUGGACCAGGAGACGGAGGAGAUGCGGCUGAAGCUCAGCGCCCACCCGGACCCGCCCGAGGAGCCGCUGGACGCGCCGCCGCCGCCCCUGGAGGACCUGCGCGCCCGGCUGGACGCGCUGUGGCGGGACCUGGCGCUGAGCCUGAGCGAGCGGGGCGGGGAGGGGCCCGGGGAGGCGCAGGCGGGGCCGGGCGGGGCGGCGGGGCCGGGGCGGCUCCGGGGCUGAACCCAAAUAAAGGCGCCGCCAUCGCGGCCCGCGCGCGCCACGUGA